ACAAAAUACGCAUGGGCAGUUCCCACCCUUGAUCAGACGGCAAACACCACCGCAACGGCUCUAUGGCGGCACGUCUUCCAAACGUUCGGAUGUCCAGAGUUCCUGCACUCAGAUCAAGGGGCCAAUUUCGAAUCAAAGGUGAUCCGAGAAUUAUGCCAGCUGUAUGGGUGCACGAAGACCCAUACGACGUCGUAUCACCCUCAAGGAAAUGGCUGUUGUGAGAGGUUUAAUCAGACCCUGUUGGGGCUCCUAGGGACCCUGGACCAACGGAAGCAGAGCGAUUGGGUGAGUGCUCUACCGAACCUUUUGCAAGCUUAUAAUAACAGCGUUCAUAGUACGACGGGGUAUGCCCCCACUUAUCUGAUGUUCGGCAGACAUGUGCGGAUGCCCACGGACCUGGUCUUGGGAGUGGCCGCUGGCCAAGAGGAAGGGAGCGUGACGGAAUGGGUGGGGCGCCACCACCAACGGCUGCACUUUGCUUACGAACAGGUAUCCCAGAAGAUACGGGCUACAGGGGAAAAGAACAAGUGGUUGUACGACCGGACGGCCCGGGACGCCCCCUUGUUACCAGGAGAGAGAGUCUUGGUACGAGACAAUCGGCGGCAAGGCAAAGGAAAGCUGAGUGACCGUUGGGAGACCACCCCGUACGUAGUCUGCAGGCAACAGAGGCCGGGACAGCCGGUGUAUACCAUCCGGCCGGAAGGAAAGGCCGGCCCUGAACGUGUGGUACACCGAAACAUGAUUCGCCCUUGCCCAAAUUAUCCCGAGGUCGCGAAGGAGGUAGUUGCGGAACCGGCACCGACGGCCCCCUGGAUGGAAGGAUGGGCUGUGGUACCAGGACUACCCGUGGUGGCACCACCCCCGGCCGCCCCAGGAGAGCCAGAGCUAGCACCUGAGCCAGUUGAACCCCCGGCCGCCCAGAGACAACCAGAGCCAGUACCAGAGCUAGCCGAACCCCCGGCCGCCCAAAGACAACCUGAGGUUGUGCCCGAGCCCGCCGAACCUGACUCCCCUGUGAGGCGCUCCCAACGGGAGAAUCGAGGCCGACCCCCUUCCCGUUACGGUGAGUGGACUACUCAAAGGCAUUCCAGGGACUAGAAUGCAUUGGCGGGGGAGGAUGUCACGGGGUGACGAUCUUUCAGGGCGGAACCAAAAGUUGAGGAAGUUUUGGUUCCGCCCGGAUGUUUCCGUCCAGACCGGAAAACAGGAACACCGGACAUCCGGCAGCUCCGCGAAGGCUGUAAUCAGCCGAUUGGGCACAGCUGUGCCUAGUUAAAGAGAUCGCCGGGCAAUUGGACAACUGGAGCACAGAGAAGAGUAUAAAAAGCACAGUUAGAUCACAGUUGAGUGUUGUAGUGUGUGCUGAGGAACGGAGCUGUGCUCAUUGUUAGACGUGGUGGCUGUCUGUAUUUCUCUCUCUCUCCCUCUCUCGUUGUAGUUUACGGUGGACCUGCUGGAGUAAACGGAAGAUCCUAUGGGUAAAAAGGAACUUUGGUCUAACCAGUACUUUUGUAGGAGUAAAGCAGGAAGAAAAUUGAUCUUGUUGUACAACGUAAACAGAGGCUAUUUGCUCCCAAGCGCAGUGGAGGACACCGGGCGCUUCCCUUGUUGUGUUGCACUUAUAGUGUGGUGAGUGAGACUUGCAAUUAAUAAGCUUUUCACGUUUGGAGUGGUGCUGUGUAUUUGCUGUGGGUUGCUGUGUGUCUUAUUAGACGAAGCCCCGCAUCAUCCAUUUCUUCUACUGGGCAGAGGACGGAGAGGCUAACGACCUCAGAAAUUACUGUUACCAUACGUAGUGUGCUGUUUCGGAGUACGAAGGAACGCGGACCAAGAGCUGUCAGUGACUGUGAGUAAAACAUUGGAAAUAUUCGUGGUGUAAACUUACCUGUGUCUGUUUUGUCGCAGAGUCAGAGGCAAAAGGGUCCGCCGCCCCCGCGGUCUCUACAAAGGGGCGCCCCUGUCCAGGAUUCGAUCGGCCUACGGGCAGUGGAGAUAGGGCAGCGCUCGACCCGGUGAGGUGGUGUGUGACCUUCGCCCCUCUGCUGACCUACGGAGGAAACCAUACCUACCCAGAAAGUUGUAAACAGCAGAGCCGGUGAGAAAUACUCGAAGUCUCAGUAACAGUGUCUUUGUGUCCUAGCGGCCACCUGUGGAGAGAGAGAAGAACGAGAGUGAAUAA